AUGUAUAGGGCUCUUGAAUGGACUAGUGAGAUGGAUUCCGAUCAAAAUCUCAAAGAUGCUAGAAUAUUUGAAAAAAAGGAAUCAUACUAUGAACAUCAUUCUAGUUAUUAUCAACCACCAAACUUUCAAGUUACAUUAGAUGCAGAUGCAAAAGCUUUAACAAUCGAUAAUUCCAAACCUGGAAUGUAUGUCACUGCAAGAAAUCUAACAGUUCAAGUUGAUGAUGAAAAAACAAAAGCUCCAAAAGCUAUUUUAAAAGAUUUAAAUUUCUUUUUAAAACCAGGAACAUUAACAUUAUUAUUAGGAACACCAGGAUGUGGAAAGACAACUUUGAUGAAAACAUUGGCAAAUCAAAAUCAUAAUGAAACCAUUUCAGGAACACUUAGAUUUAAUGGUAAACCUGCAAAUGAUUUAACUCAUCAUAGAGAUGUUUGUUAUGUAGUUCAAGAGGAUCUUCACAUGCCAUCAUUGUCUGUAAAGGAAACAUUACAAUUUUCAGCAGACCUACAAAUGAAUGAAAAAACAACCAAAGAUGAGAAAAAGAAACAUAUCGAUCAGUUGUUACAAAUUUUGCAAUUAGAAAAACAAGCAGAUACAGUGGUUGGAAAUCAAUUCUUGCGUGGUAUUUCUGGUGGUCAAAAGAAACGUGUCACUAUUGGUGUAGAAAUGGUAAAAUCAGAAGCCAAACUAUACUUGAUGGAUGAAAUUUCAACUGGUCUUGAUAGUUGUACAACAUUGGAAAUUGUAAAAGCAUUAAAAGAAAAGGUUCAAAGAGACAACAUUGCUUGUAUUGUAAGUCUACUUCAACCUGGUUCAGAAAUUACAAAAUUAUUUGAUUUUCUUAUGAUCCUAUCUGCCGGUCAUAUGGUUUAUUUUGGUCCAAAUUCUUCUGCAAUCAAAUAUUUUGAAUCAUAUGGAUUUAAAUUACCAUUACAACAUAAUCCAGCAGAAUUUUAUCAAGAGAUUGUUGAUGAACCAGAAUUAUAUUAUCCAGAUAGUAAGAAAAAGAGAGAAAAGAGUGUAGCAGAACAAUGGUUCAUGUCAAUGGCCAUUAUCAACACUGAAAACUCGGUUCGAUUUGAAGAUGCAGCAGCAGAUGAAGAUGAUGAUGUACCGCUAAGGGGUACAUUUGAAUUUGCAGAGACAUACAAGGAAUCAUCAAUAUGUAGAUAUAUACUUGCAGAACUUGAUAAUCGUCAACCACAAGUCAAUCAAACACUGUAUCGUGACAGUUCACACUUGACAGAAUACCCAACAUCGAUUGCAAGACAAAUCUAUCUAGUCACCAAACAAGAAUUUACCAUGAUGAAAUCAAAUCCUGCUCUUAUUCGUACAAGAUUGAUUAGUCAUUUGGUAAUGGGACUGAUCCUUGGAUCAUUGUAUUGGCAAUUAAGUACCUAUCAAACAGAUGGACAAAAUCGUAGUGGUUUAUUGUUUUUUGCUCUUACCUUUAUCAUUUAUGGUGGGUUUGCAGCAAUACCAGUAUUGUUUGAGUCACGUGACAUUUUCUAUAUUCAACGUGACGGUCGGUACUAUACAUCAUUGUCAUUCUUUUUGUCAAAACUUAUUGCCAUCACACCGCUGUCGUUUAUCGAGAGCUUUAUCUUUUCAGUCUUGGUCUAUUGGAUGUGUGGACUUCAAAAGGAUGCAGGCAAGUUUAUCUAUUUCGUACUGAUGAUCUUUGCCACCAACAUGCAAACACAAACCUUUUUCCGAAUGAUUUCUACCUUUUGUCCAAGUGCCAUCAUUGCUGCUAUCGUCGGACCUGGUAUCAUUGCCCCACUCAUCUUAUUCUCUGGCUACAUGAUUGCACCGAAAAACAUUCCAGGAUGGUGGAUCUAUUUGUAUUGGAUUUCACCUAUUCAUUAUGAAUUUGAAGGUCUCAUGUCAAACGAACACCAUGGUCUUGCCUAUCACUGUGCACCACAUGAAAUGGUACCACCACUUGCCCAUCCACUACUCAAUCAAACCUUUGAAAUGGGAGGAUUCCAAGGUAACCAAGUAUGCCCAUUGACUGGUGGCGACCAAUUCCUAAACGAUCUGGGUAUGCCACAAAACGACUGGUUCAAAUGGAUUGACCUAUUGAUUGUAUUUGGUUUUUGUUUUGUAUGUUCUGCCAUUAUGUAUCUUUGCAUGGAUCGUCUUCACUUUAAUUCCAAAGUACGUGCUUCAGAUUCUGUCGAUCGUAAACGUGUAGGUCGUCUACAACGUCAACGUAAUCAAUUUGAACAGAAAAAAGCUUAUCGUCAAUCGGUUCAAGUCUACCAAACACAAGUCGAACUUUGUCAUCAAUUACAUAAACGUGGUACACUUGAUCAAGGUCGUUUGGAACAACUCAUCGUUCAACAAGAACAAGUCAAUAGAGAUUAUAAAAAUGCAACUCAAAUUAAAUUAAAAGUUGAAGAACCAAAAGAAGUUCCAAGAUUUAGAGCCAGUAGUGAAAGCAGCGAAAAUAGAUUAGUUGGAUGUUAUGUUCAAUGGAAAAAUCUAAGUUAUGAAGUUGAUAUUAAAAAAGAUGGAAAAAAACAAAGACUUAGGCUGUUGGAUAAUAUUAAUGGUUUUGUUAAACCUGGUAUGCUAUUGGCGCUGAUGGGUCCAAGUGGAGCUGGAAAGAGUACAUUAUUAGAUGUAUUGGCAAAUAGAAAGACUGGUGGUCAUAUUAAAGGUGAAAUUUUAAUCAAUGGUAAACCAAGAGAUGAAUAUUUUAAAAGAAUAUCUGGUUAUGUAGAACAAUUUGAUGUACUUCCACCAACUCAGACGGUUCGUGAAGCCAUUCAAUUUUCUGCUCGUACAAGAUUACCUGCUCACAAGACUGAUCAAAAGAAAAUGAGAUUUGUUGAAAGUAUAUUGGAUGCUUUAAAUCUUUUGAAAAUUGCAAAUCGCUCAAUUGGAUUACAAGAUGGUCUGUCAUUGGCUCAACGUAAACGUAUCAAUAUUGGUAUUGAAUUGGCUGCGGAUCCACAAUUACUUUUCCUCGAUGAACCUACUAGUGGUCUAGAUUGUAGUGGAGCCUUGAAGGUUAUGAAAUUAAUCAAAAGAAUUUCAAAUUCUGGUAGAAGUGUCAUUUGUACUAUUCAUCAACCUUCAACCCUUAUUUUUAAACAAUUUGAUCAUUUAUUGUUACUGAAAAAGGGAGGUGAAACUGUAUACUUUGGUCAAACUGGUGAAAAUAGUAAAACUGUCCUAAACUAUUUUGCAAGAUAUGGUUUAAUUUGUGAUUCUUUAAAAAAUCCUGCCGAUUUUAUUUUAGAAGUUACAGAUGAAUCAGUUUUAAAAUUAAAACUUGAUGAAAUUAAAUUGGAAAAUGAAAAAGAAAAGGAAAUUGAAAAAAUUGAAAUGGAAAUUGAAAUGGAUCAAGGAAAAAUAGAAAAACCAAAUAUUAUCAUUUCUUUACCACCAAAUGAAAUGAUUCCAAUUUCCCCAACAAUCUUAUCAAAUAGUAGUAAUAAUAGUGAUAAUAAUAAUAGUAUUGGUAGUAGUAGUAAUAUUAGUAGUUUAGAAGAUGAACAACAAGAAAUUGCAACAAAAGAAAUUUUAAAUAUUAUUUCAACAAUUAAUGAUAGUUGUGAAGAUGAUGAAGAAGAAGUAGAAAAGAAUAUCACUAUAGAUAAUAAUAAUAAUAAUUCUUCAUUAUCGGAAUUAAAAAUUAAUUCAGAGACAACAAAUGAAAUGAUAAAAUUAAAUGACAAUGCAGAGAAAUCAUUUAAAAUGUUGGUAUUUAAAUUGGAUCAAGAAGAGGAAAAGAAAAAGAGAACCUUGUCAAAGAGAACUUUUACAAAUCCAUACUUUUUUGGACCAACAAUGACAUUGGAAGAUUAUCAUCCAGUUAGAUCAUUUUUAGAAUCUGAUAGUAAUAAGGAAUUGUUGGAAAUUAUUGAUGGCAAUCUGAUGCCAGAUGAUGUUGUAGUACAAAAAUAUGAUCAAAUCUUUGCAAGUACAAUGAAAAUUCAAUUUACUCAAUUAUUGAUUCGAUCAUGGCUUGGAUUGGUACGUCGUAGAACAUUUAUCUUUUCAAGAAUUGGUAGAUGUUUUUUGGUUGGUAUUGUGUUUGGUACACUUUUCCUUCAAAUGGAAUUAAAUCAAACUGGUAUUUAUAAUAGAAGUUCAUUGUUGUACUUUUCAUUGAUGCUUGGUGGUAUGAUUGGUUUGGGUAUCAUUCCCAUUGUUACAACUGAACGUGGUGUAUUUUAUCGUGAAAAUGCAAGUGGAAUGUAUAGGGUUUGGAUUUAUCUCUUUACAUUUAUCAUUACAGAUAUUCCUUGGAUCUUUUUAUCUGCUUUGGCAUAUACCAUCCCAACCUAUUUCUUGGCUGGUUUUACUCUUCAACCAAAUGGUCAACCAUUCUUUUAUAAUUUAUUACUCAUCUUUACUGCCUAUCUAAACUUUUCUCUAUUUUGUACUUUCCUUGGUUGUUUAUUACCUGAUGCUGAUGCUGUUGGUGGUGCUGUAAUAUCCGUAUUAUCACUUUAUGCUGGUUUCUUAAUUUUACCUGGUUCAAUUCCAAAAGGUUGGAAAUGGUUUUAUCAUUUAGAUUUUUUAAAAUAUCAUUUAGAAUCAUUAAUGAUUAAUGAAUUUAAAGAUUUAGAAUUUACAUGUCCAGAUAACAAAGGGGCAGUACCAAUAUUGGUUGAUCCAAUUUUAAUGAAAAUUCAAUAUUUCUGUCCAACACCACUUGGUCAAUAUGAAUUGGAUCGUUUACAAUUAAAUACCGAAAAUGAAUACCUAAAUCUUGCUGUAAUAUUUUCAUUUUCAAUCUUUUUUAUCAUUUCAAUUUAUUUUACUCUUAGAUUUAUUAAACAUCAAAUUAAAUAA